AUGAAGUACCUCGCCUCUUUCUCCCUUCUCGCCUGCGCUGCCAGCGCCCUUCCCUCCCUCGAGACCAGACAGGGCACCGUUGGCCAGGCAAUCCUCGACAAGGCCUUGACUGCCGCGGGCACUCCUUACGCCUGGGGUGGUGGCACCUGCCAGGGCCCCAGCGAGGACAACCCUCCCUACGAGUACGGAGAUACUGGAUAUGACUGCUCUGGCCUCGUCUGCUGGGCAGUCUGCCAGGUGACCGGCCGUGACCUGUUCACUGAGGGUCUCCGCGUCACCUCCACCAUGUACUGCGCCGAUGAGGCGACGCUUGGCUACAAGAAAUACCCCUUCGAGGAACGCCAGCCAGGAGACGCCGUCUUCUUCGGCGGCGAGUGCGACUGCGGUACUAGCGGCAGCAUCCACCACGUUGGACUGAUGAUUGACAACGGCGACCGUAUGUGGAAUGCUCCCAACGACGACGUCAACCAGGUCCAAGAGAACAGCAUCUCCGGGUUCGGAGAGGCCGCUUGCCCCUAUGUCAUUCGCUUCACUUAA